UCGAGCAGACGAUAGUACUUACUCCACCAACUCUCUACACUUCCGGUGAGGUGGUUUUUCCAAGGAAACCGGCCAAGCAGACGUUAAGCGGAGCCUAUAUACAAGACAAAAACGCGCCACUGUAUGUACGGAAGAUGUACACUUGGGCCUGGGAAAACGCAGAACAUCAUCACACGAAACGCUUUCCUCUACCCAAAGCAGGAACCCUGGUCGUGCGCCGGGGCCAGCCCUUCAAGAUCACGCUGACCUUCAACCGGCCCUACAACUCCCUCACAGACGAACUGAAGUUCUAUUUUGAAACAGGCGAGAACCCGUUACCCGGCAACGACACGAUGGUGUGUCUGUCGUCAUACACCUCACAGGGUUCCAGCGGAUGGAAAUCGGACUUCCUUCCGGUAAUAGGGACCAAGGAUAAGGACUGCAUACAGGCUCACCUGUGGGUGUUCACGCCCCCAGACUGCAUCGUGUCCGACUGGAGGUUCGCGCUGCAGAGCAUACUCAGAACGGAAGUGGAGACCGCCACCGUCUCCUAUGAACAUCCGGACCGGAUAUAUAUUCUUUUCAACCCCUGGUGCAAAAACGACGCCGUCUACCUUCCGGCGGAACCACUGCUGGACGAGUACAUCCUCAACGCUUCCGGUCUGCUGUUCACGGGCUGUCGGAAGCGCAUGAUGUAUAAACCCUGGAUAUUUGGCCAGUUCGAGAGUGGCAUACUUGAGGCAUGUUUGUACGUCAUCAAGAGGGGAUUCAAUUUCCGGACCUCUCAGCGAAUGGGGGACCCAGCCGCCGUGGUCAGAGUCAUUGCGUCCAUCGUAAGCGCAGACAACAACAACGGCAUUUUGAAAGGCACGUGGUCAACAAACGAGUUUACCGAUGGCAGAUCGCCGACCACGUGGAGCGGAAGUGUCGCCAUCUUGAAACAGUAUCUUGACAACGUCAUAUCCGCCAAUGGAGACGAUCCAGAACCGGUUCGAUAUGGACACUGUUUUGUGUACGCGGGUUUGGUAACAACAAUUUGCAGGGCGGUUGGCAUCCCGUGUCGCUGCGUGACCAACUAUAACUCUGGGCGCGGCACGGACGGACGCCUGGCCAUUGACUUCUACUACGAGGUCAAGGCCGAUGGAUCCAUAGGAGAGCUGGAGACGGAUGAACAAGAGUUGGUUUGGAGCUUUCAUGUUUGGAACGACGUCUGGAUGAAGCGGAUCGACGUUGCCAAGCCUUGUAACGAGCCAGAUUGGCAGGCCAUUGACGCCACGCCCUCGGUAACAAAUGGAAACGUUCCACAAGUGAGCGGCCCAGCCCCCUUGCACGCCGUGAAAAACUACCUUCCGGAAGUGAAGCACGACGUCGAUCAGCUGUUCGCGGAAGUGAACUCAGAGGUGCUACAUUGGCUGAAGGUCGACGUCGGGGAAUGGACGGUCUUCCAAUGCGAGCCCUCAAGGAUUGGCCAGUCGAUAAGUUCCAAGACGCCCGACGGCCGCCCGCCCGCCCUCACGUACAAGUACAACCUGGCCGAGAUGAGCCGGGUACGUCAGGACGUCACUGCCGACUACAAGUACAAAAAAGGAACGAAAAUGGAGAGUGAGAUAACCAAAAAGCCUGAACACAAGCAGAGGCCGACGCAUCGAUGCAAAGCCAAGGAUGUCGAAUUCAAGAUGGCCAGUAAAGAAUUCGAGUACAUAGGUGACGACUUCAUGGUGAAGGCAAACAUCACAAACCAUGGAAGGGACGCCAGGACAUGUCACGUGAUACUGCUGUGCGAGUCUAUGCACUACACGGGACGACGGCACGAGAUUAUCAAGAAAGUGGAGUGGAAUAAAACGCUUGAACCUGAGCAAAGCGAGCCGCUACAAUUGGGCAUUUACGAGAGCGACUACAUCGGUAAGCUCGCGGAGCAUGCGUGCCUCCGCCAGGUGGCGUACAUGCGGGUCACCGAAACCGAUCAAAUUAACGCAUGCGUGGACGACUUCCUUCUAGAGAAACCGCAUUUAGAGAUGUCUGUGGAUGAGACAAUUUACAAGAACUCAAACUUCGCUUUAAAGCUGCAAUUUAAGAACCCACUUCACCGUCCACUGACCAACUGUUCUGUCAGCGUGGAAGGCGUAGGCCUGGAGUCCAUGAUGUUUGUCAGAAAGUUCCAGAACGUUCCCGCGGAAUGCGAAUGGACGGGUAUCGUGAACCUGUUACCAGUCCGUAGCAAUUUAUUGGACAUCUCGGUCACCUUCCACUGUCAGGAGAUGUUGGACAUCAUAGGCUUCAUCACCGUCAGGGUCGAGAAGGAGAAGGAGGGCGCGAUUCAGGCCGAGGUGCCCGCCACUGGGAAGAAUGGGGAACAAGAUUUGAACGAUAACGUGAAGGAACUGCAGGAUUCCAUGAUUUUAGCGUCCUGAUCUAGAUUGACAUUGAAGUCAUAAGGAACGAAUGUAUUGUUAACAUUCCGUAUUGCCGAUUAUUUACAUUAAUAUGUAAGCUAUAAGUAAGUUUCUGAAAUAUAGAACAUAGAAAUCUUC